AUGUUCACCCGCGGGAGAUCGCUGCUCGGGGUGACGGUGCCGGCUGGAGCUGAUGCAUGGGGAGAUACGAGCGGCCACGAGACGGUGAAGGCAGAAGAAGAAGAGGAUCUCGUGUCAGACACGGAGGACGAAGAGGAUGGUGACGACACGUGUGCAACGAAGUACACAGGAGUCAAGUUGAAGAAAGCAUCAGGCAAGUUCGGCGUGAAGAUCCUGAUUAAAGGAGGAAAGCGUAAGCAACAGCGGCUGGGUGCAUACACAUCGGAGGAGGAGGCGGCGUUUGCGUACGCCGCAGAUGACGGCACUAGUGCAGAGAGUGCUUCAUCGUCCAAGCACAAUGAAGAGGAUGGCGAGGCAGACUCAGACACAUCGGCCUCAGCCUCACCCGAAGAAUCCGGUGAACCUGCCACUGGAGGGAAGACGGCCGACGAUGGGUGUGCGGGAACCGCUUCACCCAAAGCAAACGGGCGCGAAAGUCGGGGCGCGGGGGAGACGGAUGUGUAUCGGGGCGAAGGCCGAGGACAUGUGGACGGGCAUGUGGACCGCGCAUGCAGGACCCCAGUGGACACUGACGGCGAUGACGUGCACAUCUCGAGCAGGGUUCUCAAGCAACUCAUCCGGGCUCAGGACAGGAGCGCCAAGGAGAACGCGCGGUUGGAGGCGCUAAUCUUGAAUGCAAUGGCGCAGCCUUCUGGUGGAUCUCGUAAGCGUAAGGCUCGGAAGCAGAGAGACCCGGAGCAGGGGUGCAUGAACCCGAAGCGUAAGCGUGGCGAGACAUGGAGCGGCGGGUCGGACGAUGACGGAGAGGACAACGAGGAAGAUACGCAUGGUUCUGGUGGUUGUCAUAUGCGUACUGCAAGGUCUCCUAUUCUCCAACGCGCGCUGGCGCAUCUGCCGACAGACAAGGCGUGGAAGGUGAGCGGGCCUGUUUCCAUCUCGGUUCACUGGGCGCACGACAGGGAUGGCAUGCCGUUUGCCUCCCGGGCGUUCGCGACAUGUGCGAAGGCUGCCUUCAAGCCGAAGAAGGCAGGGCUGGUGAUGACCCUUAAGGUCUCCGUCUGCGUCCUCUACUGGGAGGCGCGGAAAGGCCGGCUCUCCAACUCGGCGGGCGGGAAUGCCCACGUUGUGGAUGGGCUCAAGGUCCUGGUCAAGGAGGCCGUGGAGAGGGCGAUCCGUAUCCGCAACCCCGAGUAUGACGCGGAGCGCGAGGCGUGGAUUUGGGGGCGCCAUGGCCUGCGCAUCUCUGCGUGCGGCCUGGAGCACAUGAAGCCUGCGGCCGCCGCCGAGCUGCUAGGCAUCGUAGGGGAUGGCGACCUUUCGGUGUCAGUUGGUGCUUAG